GAAGGAGAAGGGCCAAAAGCUUGGCCAGUUCUGGGUGCCCUUCCGGAGAUUUUGCUAAACUAUGACAGAAUGCAUGACUGGCUCUUGGAAAAUUUCGAAAGAGCAGGUCUCACAUUUGCCGCACCCAUGCCCACAAACACCUACUUCUACACCGCCGAUCCAGCUGUCUGUGAAUACAUUCUCAAGACCAACUUUUCGAAUUAUCCGAAGGGAGAAAUCUUUCAAGAGAUUCUAUACGAGUUCUUGGGAGAUGGCAUCUUCAAUUCUGAUGGUGAACUAUGGAAGAAGCAGAGAAAAGUUAUGCAGGCUGAGGUUCAGCGAAAGGUGCUUCGUGAUUACAGCCUAGUAACCUACCGGAAGAAGGCUCACCUUCUCGCCUCCAUCGUAAGCAAGGCCUCUUACUCUGCAACGUCUCUCGAAAUGCAGGAUCUUUUUAAAAGAAUGACCCUGGACACCAUUGUCGAGGUUGCAACUGGAGUGAGAUUGGGAGCACUGUCUCAUGAGCUGCCAUACGUGCCAUUUCAAUCAGCAUUCGAUGAGGCAAACGUGAAUGUGCAUGCAAGAUUCGUCGACCCAUUUUGGAGAGUCAAAAGAUUCCUGAACUUAGGCUUAGAAGCCCGAUUUAAAGGUGCGGUCCAGUACAUGGACACAUUUCUCUACGAUGUGAUUCGGACCAGGAGACGAGAUAUGGCUGAAGCAAAAUCCAGAUUCAAAUCCAAUCAAUCAACGAAGCCUGAAGACGAAGGGAAAUUUACAAGAGCAGACUUGGCAUCAAGAUACAUGUCCUUGGACGAGAAUGCAACAGACAAAUCUAUCCGUGACGACGUGCUUAGUUUCAUAAUGGCUGGACGUGACAGCACCUCAUCGGUACUGGCAUGGUUCAUCUACUGCUUGGUGAGCAAACCUGAAGUCGCCGAAAAGAUUUAUGAUGAGCUAUGUGCAUUCGAAGCCCGGCAUCAACCGACUCCAACUCUGAAUUCUGUCCACGCAUCAGAGGGCGAGUUCAGCGAGCGAAUCCAGCAGUUCGUUGACCUUUUGACUUUCGAGGAAGUCACCAGUACCACUUCAAAUUUCCAGUACCUGCAUGCUGCCAUCACAGAAACUAUUCGGCUAUAUCCGGUCGUUCCACAGGACGUAAAGGGUGUGCUAGAAGACGAUGUUCUGCCGAGCGGACACAUUGUACGAAAAGGAGACUUGGUCGUAUACAUUCCAUACGCGAUGGGACGGCUGCAGACUCUAUGGGGACCGGAUGCUGCAGUAUACAGACCUGAAAGAUGGCUCAACGAAGCAGGCGUUUUCGAGGGCGCCUCGCCCUUCAAGUUCACUGCAUUCCAGGCUGGACCUCGCUCGUGCUUGGGGAAAGAUGCAGCGUACCUGCAAAUGAAGAUAGUGACGGCUGUGCUGUGCCGCUUCUUCAAGUUCGAGUCCGUCCCGGGGCACCAGAUCGGCUACAGAAUGUCUGCCAUCCUCAUGAUGAAGGAUGGCAUGCACAUCACUGCCUCGAGGCGUUCGUCACCUGAUCUCGCUAGUGCUCGAGCGCAACACAACUAGACUAAGUAGCCAAGGUACCAACAAAUUGAUGAUUGAAUUGGCCUCUCACUGGCCACGGAAUACAGCACUAGUCAUUCAUCUAAACAUCGAUAGAAGUGAGGAUUCAAAUCGUAGAUGCGGCUGAACUGGUGCAUGGUCCACUGUAAAGUAACUAUAAACCAAUAGAUUAUGACCUAUAUAGUUUAUCGUAGCUGAAGUAAAUUCUUACUGACGAUAUCAAUGCAAUAGGUUAGUAAAAUGUAAUAAAUCAA